AAGUGAAGGCCCUGUAAAUGUUCAUGAGAACAGCAACUCUUCUUUGCUUGAUUUAAAUACCAGUGUUACUGAAACCCAAAGGUCCACUCAUCACAGUAAGCCCCAAUUCACAGCUUCAGAAACAGACACCUGCAUUAGCACACUAAGUCAAACCAAGCAGACGGACUGCUUCCGAUUCCCUUUGAAGAGUCACGGAUCAUCUGCUGAAUCCAGUCAUUUGGCCAGAAUCUGUAGACCUGAAUCAGAAACAACCACAUCAAAUUAUAUUUACACACCCAGACAACUCAACCAGACUGACCAAUUUCCUUUGAAGAGCAGAACCUGCAGACGUGUGAUCAAAGGAGCAGGCAGUUUUUCUGACAGAAAGUCUACAUAUCUGAUAUCUACUCAGGCACGAAAGAAGGACUCAUCCCUUCAUGAAACAGCGAGAAGAGGGUCUCAGAAAAAAGAUGUUUCCAAGCCAUCAAAAAAGAGCUACGUUGGUUUAGAUACAGAUUCUUCCAAAUCUAAUUCAAGCCAAACAAGCUCUCUAGAGGAAGACACACACCUGAGAAAACACAAAUGCUUAGAGGUACAGAUAAAGUGUGGUAUGUCUUGUAGCACACAAUCUACUAGUACACACAUAACCAGGGAUACAAGGGAUGAUGCAGUGAUUCAGAUGGCCUCCCAUGACCUGCCCCACACCGGCUCCCCACGAGACCUGUACAAUCAUCCUGACCAGGAAACACAUACAGUCAUUCCAGAACUUUCCAUGGGUGACUGGAUGCCCCAAUCCGGAGCUGACAAAGCAUGUGAACAGUCAUUAACCGAAGAAGACAGUUUGACAGUUGAACAAGUGAAUUUUGCUCAGUUACAUCAGCAGGACGAUUCCCUACUGAGGAGGCCAUCUGUUUCUGAGACGAGGAAAAGCGAGCAAGAGAUAAUCCAACUUCCUGGUAUAUAUGCAUUUACAUACAUGUCAGAAAUCGUGCCCCCGGAAGUGAGACCCAAACCUGCCGUCCCUGCCAAGCCAUCUCAUGUGGUACCACCCAACAGCAUCCCCCCUGCGCCCCUCCAGGGCUCAGGGGCUGGAGGUCAGGGGUCAGGAGGAGGCUCAACAUUGCUGGGAUAUGUUGGGAUAGAUACCAUUAUUGAACAGAUGAGGAAGAAGACCAUGAAGACUGGCUUUGAUUUCAACAUCAUGGUUGUAGGUCAAAGUGGCUUGGGGAAAUCCACCAUGGUGAAUACUCUAUUUAAGUCUCAGGUGAGCAGGCGGAGCUCUGGCUGGAGUCGUGAUGAGAAGAUCCCCAAAACUGUGGAGAUUAAAUCUGUGUCACAUGUGAUAGAGGAAGGUGGUGUGAAGAUGAAACUGACAGUGAUUGAUACUCCAGGAUUUGGGGACCAGAUCAACAACGAAAACUGCUGGGAGCCAAUAUCUAAAUAUAUCAAUGAGCAGUAUGAGAAGUUUCUAAAGGAGGAAGUUAACAUUGCCCGUAAAAAACGGAUUCCGGACACCCGAGUGCACUGCUGCUUGUACUUCAUAUCUCCAACUGGACACUCACUGCGGCAGCUGGACAUUGAGUUCAUGAAGCAUUUAAGUCGAACUGUGAACAUCAUUCCUGUCAUUGCCAAAGCGGAUACUCUCACUCCUGAGGAAAAAACAGAGUUCAAGCAGAGAGUGAGGAAGGAGCUGGAAGUGUGUGGAAUCGAAUUUUAUCCACAAAAGGAGUUUGAUGAGGACCAGGAGGACAAGGCUGAUAACGAUAAGAUCAGGGAGGCCAUGCCUUUUGCAGUAGUGGGAAGUGACAAAGAGUACCAAGUCAACUGCAAACGGGUUCUGGGUCGGAAGACUGCCUGGGGAAUAGUAGAAGUUGAGAACCCAAAUCACUGUGAAUUCUCUCAACUACGGGAUUUCCUGAUCAGGUCUCACCUCCAAGACCUGAAGGAGGUCACCCACAACAUCCACUACGAGACGUACCGGGCCAAAAGGCUCAAUGACAACGGAGGACUCCAUCCCAUCUCAACCAGCAACAGCACACAGGAAAGCAACCUGUAAGGGGGAAACAGUGAAUGAGAGAAUGAUUGAAGCGAGGUCGAUAAUGAAAGAUGAUAACAAAUAAUAUUUUUGCGGAUAAAUACAUUAGCACGUGCCCUUGUGGAGUUCAUCUUAAAGCUUUUUAUCCAUCUGAGCAUGUUCGUCGUUGCCUCUCUUUUUGCAAACCAUCCUUUUUAAAACACAUAAUGACAGCACAUCAACCUAAGAGGGAGACUGGCUGAAACGUUCAUGAGCAUAGCCUCUAGAUAUUACAGUUAACUUGCCACAGUAUAGAUGGAUGACAGCACUGCCAUUCAACUGCACACAAUACAUAGGAGUUUAUAAAUCUUUGUGUGAAGUCUCCUUUGUGUGAUCAUUUUCUCUAAUAGGUUUUAUUCUCUACCUGCCAAAACAAUUCAGAACUCAGAAACGUUGACGAUUUUUUUAUUUUUUUUUUUUGCACUUUGACGAUAGUAUAUUGAUGCGCUCCUGUUUAACUAUUCCUAAACACACUGCAGCAUUUACCACUGGCUGCAUGUUUUACGUAGCUUACCCAAAUGACUAAUGAUCCUUUUGGGCACCAGUUCAGGACUUUCACAUUAUCCAGAAUAGCACACCAAGUACUAAGCAGAAAUCUUUGAUUCCUCUCAACUCAAGGUUUUUGAAGGUUUAUCCCAAUACAUUUUGUAAACAUGUUUCUAGACUGUGUGUGCACAAGUGUGUGUGUGUGUGUUUGUGUUUGUGUAUGAGAGAAUGUGCCUUUAUAUCUUUUAGCUCCAUCUUUCCAGUGUUCAAGCAACUCAAAAAAGAACAUAAUAUUCAACGUAAUUUUUUUUUUUUUUUUUUUUUUUUUUUAAUAUUUCAGGUGUGCCAUUGUUUAUAUUAGUGUGCAUGUAUACCGCUGGAACAAUGGUAUUGCUUGAUGUUUAAAAGUUCACUUUAGUGUCAAACACUUGAUGUUUUAGUCAAAGCACAGGUCAAUUCAUGAUCUGUUUAGGCAAGUGAAAUUGAACUGUAUCACACCUCAGAUCAUCUUUUACAUUCUGCCAAUCUUUGGAUGAAUACAUAUUUUUAUUUAUUUAAUCUACGUUUUUUUCUCAUUAAUGCUUUUUGUGAAAUAUUAAAUUACAAGGAUGGUAUUCUUGCUGAGUGCUAUGUUUUUAAGUGUUAUUUAUUACAUCAUUUAAUAAAUGUUUUUCCAUCA